UUGGUUGGUGCGAUACAUGGAGCAACGGAGGUUACAAGCCAUAGACUUGUUCAGCUGAUGUUCUGUUUUAGCUAAUCUUGUGUCUGGAAAGAUGGGGAUAUCAGAUUUGUCCAUGGACACAGUUACCGGCCCUGUGGUGGACCUCUCAGCCCAGGCCCUGCAGAAAUUAGAGGCCACUUUCUGCUGCUCCGAAGACACACACACACUCAUCCUGGACCGCAAUCACAUCAUGAAGCUGGACUACCUGGAGAGGAGUCCGAGCAUCCAGCAGCUAUCAGUCGCCAGUAACCGCUUGGUGCGGAUGAUGGGCGUGUCCAGACUGACGGAUCUGAGGGUUCUCAACCUGCCCAACAACAGCAUCGGCUACAUCGAGGGCCUCCGGGACCUGCCCCACCUGGAGUGGCUCAACCUGGCCGGCAACAACAUCAAGGUCGUUGAGCAGCUCGACAGCUGUGUAGCUCUUCAGCACCUGGACCUGUCAGACAAUAACAUCUCAAACAUCGGUGGUCUGACCAAGCUGAUGGCCCUAAAGACACUCCUGCUUCACGGGAACAGCAUCACAACAUUACGCACAGUCCCCGGCCAUUUGCCCGCCCGCCUCGCCAUCCUAUCGCUGGCUGAGAACGAGAUAAGGGACCUCAACGAGGUCUCCUACCUGACCGCUCUCCACGACCUAGAGCAGCUGUCCAUCAUGAGCAACCCUUGCGUCAUGGCAACGCCUUCGUUGCCAGGAUUCGACUACCGGCCGUAUGUCAUGAGCUGGUGCCUCAGCCUGAAGAUUCUGGACGGUUUCGUGGUGUCACAGAAAGAAGGUUUAAAGGCAGAAUGGCUGUACAGCCAGGGUAAAGGACGCACGUAUCGCCCAGGGCAACAUGUACAGCUGGUGCAGUAUCUGGCCACCGUUUGCCCUUUGACCUCCUCGCCAGCCCUGGAGACAGCGGAAGACGCCAAACUGGAGAAGAUCCUCAGCAAGCAGAAGCUUCAUCAGAAGCAGCUGCAGCAGCAGACCCAAGGAGGCUUCCCCUACCCUGCACGCCCCACCCAGCUAGAUGUGGAGACACACAGCCCCCUCUCAGCAGGCCCACCAGGGGGAGCAAGAGAGGCAGAUGCACCCAGUGCGCCUCCACCUGCACCUCCAGACAGACAGACAGAGCCGUCCGUACAGGUGAACACCUGGCUGGGUGGCGACUGCUCCAACAUGGCUGCCCCAGUGGUCCGCAGCCCCCGGGCUGUCGAGGAGCGUCUGUACCUGGAGGACGUGCAGACGGACGAGUACAAGCUUAACGGCAGCCUGCUCACCUCUGAGUCCACCUUCCUGCCCUUCAGCACAGAGCUUGACCCCAACGCCGUCCGCUCUGACAGCGAGGACGAGACCGAGACGUUUGAGCCCGACUCCCUCGCGCCAGAACACCCACCUCGACCGAGAAGGACCCCUACUAAAAAGAUCCAGCAGACGGAGGUGGAACUUGGACAGGAGCGAGAGAAGGAGAGGGAAAAUGAGAGGGAGAGGAAAGAAGAAAGAGGGCUUGAAGUGGCUAUUGACAGUCACCUGCACAAUACAUCCAAUUCAACCAUCGGUCAACCCAUAGCAGCAGACAGCCAAUUACAAUCGCCUCUGAAUCAAGCAACAAGCUCAGACUGCCUCGCAGUGGAAGUGAGGACGGGGCCUAAACAGGAAGAAGUGUCGACGCGUCCCUCUGAUAGGUUGACCCAGUGUGUGGAGGACAGGGCGGCAUUGAGGAUUCAGGCAUGGUGGAGGGGGCUGUACACUCGUCACUGCCUCCCGCUGGUCAAAGAGGUGCGCCACGAGAUCCGUCUCCACAGGAUGCAAGAACACAUCGUCUUCCUGUCAGGAGAGCUUGAGAGGGUGCAGAAGCAGUACGAAGAAGAGAGACUACAGAGACUGAUCCAAGAGGAAGCGGUCAAGUUCUUGUGGAAACAGUUCCAGUCCAUGCAGCAGUGGCAGCGCUCGGUCGAGGCGCAGCUAACCAGCGUGACACAUGCUGUGCCGUCAGCCCCGGCACCUGGUUCCUCCUCCGCCCCUGCCCUCCAGCUCCUCCUGCCUGUGGCCUCCAGUACUGCAGGACCAGCCUGCCCGGCCACAGACCUCUCCUUCCCAGAUUCCGGCUUCCAGUCCACAAGCGAAAACCGGGCGGCACUAGAAGACAGCCUCCUCAGCAGUGGAACAGGGGAUUCCUUGGAGACGGUGCGAGCGCUGGCAGUGGGCGGGUUGAAACCCGGGCGUGGCGCGGUAGGGGAGGACAGCCCAGACUGCAGUCUGCUGGAGCAGUACCUCUCCUCGGUCCAGCAGAGAGAACAGGAAGCAGAGGACGGGGCUGCCAGCGACAGAACAGAGACCCCACAGCCCCCCUCCUCACCCCUCUCCUUGACUGGAACGCCUCAAGCACAGUCACUCCCUCAGAGUGGAUUGGAGAGGGAAGAUAAAGACUGUCAUCAGGAAGGCACAAGCCCUGUAUGAAUUUCACCCUCCUUGAAGCAGUCUCUGAGAUAAUAGGAUUUGAUUGGGACUUCUCUACACACAACGGUGCCCCAUUCAGUCAUUUUAGAUAAUUUAUUUAUCCAAGCAAGGAGAAAGACUGUCGCUACAGCUAUCCUGUUUCCCCUAAUGGACUCUGAGUGAACAGGGGCACAUUGUAGCCUGACAGCCAAGCUGUGCUGCAGCAUCUGUGAAUAUACAGUUUAUCCCCCAUUUGAGAAUAUAAUGCCUUAGUAUUGUUGAAAAUGAGUGAUUGUAAAUAUGUGUCAAAGUGAGGUCCUUGUCAGGAUAAGAGUUCAGAAGCUCCAAAGGACGUUUCCAGAUGUGAACAAUGUGUGUGUCGAAUGUGUAGAUUAUCUUUAGGUAAAACUUUAGGUAAAAUAGGAGACGUUUUAAUGGUAUUUAAUCAGUUUGUUGAUAUUACGUGAUACAAUCUCAAAUGUACGUUUGUAAAAUAAAGCA